GAAAGCGUUAGGGAGGGACGCUGCUAGAAAGCUGCUGUGCGCGAGGGGGAUCGUGGGAAGAGGACUUGGAGAAUUUGAGGUGAGGGUGGAUGGCUAACGGCACGAAUUUCCGCGUUGUACCCGGGGGAGACGAGAGCAGUGAGAGCGACGACGAUGGCUGGGGUAUCGGGUUCAUGUCCCAGGCCCAGUGUUUAGAUGAAAUCUUGCACACCCAGGAUAAAAAUGAAGUUUUCAAAAAAGCAUUAACUGCUGGAAACUUGUCUGUCAUUGAGGAACUCUUAAAUACAGGCAUAAAUGUAGAAUCUAGCCUUAAGUUUGGAUGGACUCCCCUCAUGUAUGCAGCUAGUGUUGCGAAUGUGGAACUUAUGUAUCUCCUUCUAAGCAGAGGUGCAAAUGCAAGCUUUGAGAAGGAUGACUAUUCAGUAUUGAUGGCUGCAUGUACUGCAUCUGGUUCAGAAGAACAGAUUUUAAAGAGUGUAGAACUACUGCUUUCAAGAAAUGCAAAUCCUAAGGCUGCAUGCAAGAAGAAAAUGACUCCAUUAAUGUAUGCAGCCCGAGAAGGCCAUUCUCAAGUUGUUGCUCUCCUUGUUGUUCAUGGAUCACAAGUAAAUGCCCAAGAUACAGGCGGUUACACUGCAUUAACAUGGGCAGCAUGCCAGGGUCAUAAAAAAGUAGUAUUCAAACUGCUUGAACUUGGAGCUGAUAAAUCAAUACAGACAAAAGAUGGACAGACCCCAGGAGAGAUUGCAAAGAAGAAUAGGCAUUUAGAGCUUUUCAGUUUACUUUCUUUGACGGCAAAUCCUUUCCAAAGAAAAUUCCAGAACCUGAGUAAAGAAGAACCUAUUCACAGAUUUAUGACUGCAGUUCCAGAUGCCCUUAAAAGCCAUAAAAGCAGUUCCUAUGCAGCUUUUAGUGACAUGGAAGUCUUUCUACAUGGUCUUGAACUUGAACACAUAACAGAAUUACUGAAGGAGAGAGAAAUACCUUUAAGACAGCUUUUGACAAUGGGAAAAGAAGACUUAAUACAGAUUGGCAUCAACAAUACUAGAGAUCAACAAAAAAUUUUAGAUGCUGUUAAAGAACUACAUAUAGAAGAAGUAAAGUUGGAAGAACUAUCUGCAGUGACAAACUUGGAAUUCAGUGGUGAUGAAUUUCUUUCCUUUCUUAUGAAACUAAAAAGACAAUGCAUUCAACUUAAAACUUCUGUGCAGAAUGUUAUUAGUCAGUUUCCUACAGAUGCUCAUAAGUUGGUUCUUGAAUGGAGUCCACCCCAUAGUCUUGCUACAGUGUGUGAAGAACUAAUUUUGAAUGCUGAAGAUCUGACCGCAGAGGCUGUAAAACUAAAAAUGCUCAUGAAUAAGCUCCAAGAUGGGCAGAAUGAUGAUCCUUGCCGAAUGCAACCUUUGGAAUAUAGCAGAUGGAAGACAACUUUUUUAAAAAUAGCAGUACUAACUGUGGUUGGGUCUGGAUGUGUUUUCUUUAUUUUCAAGUUAUCUCUAAAGAAAAAUUGAAUUAAAAUAAGAUUUUAUGUAUAGUUGAUAAAGCUAGGUAAAUCUCAAGUUUUAAUUUUAAAAGGUACAUUGAUUUUCACCAUUUCUAAGUUAAGCAUACAGCUCUCUUGCACCAACAGAUUAUAAUAUUGAAGUUGACCUAUUUUUGCUACCAGUAGUGGGAUGUUUCAACCCUUACAAAAUGUAAGGGUAGGGGAUAGGUAUUGGAAGCAAAAUGCUUCCACUUCCAUUUAUAUAACCUCUUUGUCAUGCACAAAUACACUCCAGGUACAAAGUCACUCAGCUGACUUUUGCUCUCUUUGCUAUCACAUUCUGACAGCUUGAUUUGGGGUUAAAGCAGGAACGGGAGCAAUUUGCCUCUCACUGUUAUAAUUUGAAAAAGGGUGUGUUGGUGAAAGCUCUGCUGUAAAUUGGCAGUGUCCCUCAGAAUAGUCAUGAGGUUGUAACCUCUACCUUCAUAUAUUAGUCAUCACUACAAUAAAUCCCAAUUUUUAGAUUUUCAAAUUUUAAAUCCAUAUGAAUACAUGUAUAUGUUUCAGAUACAUAUUUAUAUGCAUAUAAUGUAACUGAGUAAGCACUAUUUUUUAUUUAUUAGUCUAUGCCUCCAAGUUAUCCCUAUACUGCCAAUAGGAAUGUUUUAUUAACUGUUGAGUUCUUUUAUUUCUCUAUAUAUAUCAUCAUUAGAUUAUUAUUUUUUUUUGCAUAUUUCAAACAGACAGGAAAUAACUUAUUCUCUCAUACUAACAUAUUUGACUGUUAUUAAUGAUUUCUUCAUGGAUUCUAUCUGUGGAAGUUGUCUUAUUUUAGGAAAACUGGGUAGAAGAUAAAAAAUAAAGUAAACCUUGAUCUUG